AUGAAAUUCCUCAUCCUCUGCGCUCUCGUCGCCGUAGCUUCGGCCGCCUACUACCCAGACCAUCACUACGAUAACUACCACGGCCACGGCUACGGCCACGACCAGGGUCACUUUGCCGGCAAGGCCUACAUCAAGGGCGACAUCUACUUCGAUGGCUGCUACGAGACGACCUGCCACAAGGGUGACUAC